CUUCUCUCCAGAAAAUCGUUUGCGGAUUGAAGCACAGUGGCUUGGCCACUGUCGGUGUGCGGAGGAAAGCGAUUGGGGUGGGAGACCUUGGCCCAACUCUGGCCGUUGUACGUGUUUCUCGGCGUCCAAACAGAAAUCAGCUGGAAAUUAAUUUGAAGCACAUCAGCAUUUUCCUUGAGAAUGAUUAGGCAGGCUAAGGAAUCCUUCAUGGUGGAAAGCUUCGCAGUGGUGAAUAAACCAGUGAAAUUGAGACGGUCGCGUUCUUGGUCAUCAUUUGAUGAACUCUCUCCUGCUUCCCGAAAUAUAGAAGACCUACGGAUGCAAGCAAUUCCUUAUUCAGCGCGUUUAUAUUCUCAUCAUCCUACCAGAAUUUUGACUCGUCCUUGCGAGAUCGUCGUCUGUAUGCCUACUCAGCAGCCGGAGGGCCGCACGGAUCAUCACUCAAUGCCGAUUUCCAGGUGGUACCACCUUCAGGUACCUGCUUUCCUUCCUCUCAAGCCCGUAGAAAUUUUUCCUUUUUGGAAGGGUUUUGUUCCAGUAGCCUCCUCGGUUGCAGUUUUAGGAUCCGAAAUUUAUUAUAUAGGUGGUUUCCACGUUCCCGAUUGUUACUGCUUUCCACGCUCAAUUAUUCCCGAUGUGCUCAAACUAGACUUCACCUCUAGCACCCCUGAUUUGGUACCUGCAAAUAAUUACAUGACUUCUUCGAGAAUAGAGCCUCUAAUUUUAGUCCACGAUCAGAAACUCUUUGUUGUAGGGGGUUUUCCUUCUACUGCUACUACUACUGCUACUGCUGGGCCAUUGGUUGAGAUGUAUGAACCCAAGAUUAAUAAACCCAAAAUUAAUGAAUGGGAACCGUGGAAACCUUUGCCUGAGCCUCCAUUUUAUGUGGGACGUAAGCUUAUUUAUGGGACUCUUGAAAAUCCAAAGAGGAUUCUUAUUGCCCCUGUUGUCCCGGGAGAAUACUCCGCUAUAUUUUACGUAUAUGAUGUGGAGCUUCGUGUUUGGAGUUGUCUCGGCAAGCGCCCAAUACACCGUAAAUGUCCUAUCGGAUGGGAUGGAUGGGGAGAAAGGGCGGUUACAGUUGCUAAUACUGUUUAUUGGCUUACAAGUGAUGCAGAUUUGCUAGCCUAUAAUGUAGAGAAAGAUAUGUGGCUCCAAGGGAGUCUCAAAGGCCUUGGAAUUUCGUUUGUGGAAAAUCAGACGCUCAUGUGUAUGCCUGGGUUUGUUCAUUUAGAGGGUCGAUUCUUCGGCCUUGUGCAAUCUGCACCUGAACUUCAAGUUGUCAUAAUUGAUGCCACCAUUGUCAGGAGCUCUUUUGUAAUAUCUGUGGUUGCCGUCCUUAGAUAUAAGACGGAGGCCCCCACUGACAUAUCAUAUUGCUUUUCACUGGACACAUCAAGUAGUAGUGCAAUAUCAGCGGCUGACAUUACAAAGUGUCAAAGUGACUCCACACAUAGGGGAGUACCUGGGUUUCAUAAGUGUGCAAUUUGUGGAAGUUAAAGAUUACAGGGUAUGAUGGCCUUCUGGAGAAGGGGGGAUGAACUUAUUUAUAAGAUGUAAAGGUGAAAUUAGUUUUUUUAAACUCUUUUGAGGGAGAAAGAAGAAAUCUGAAGGAUUUUCUCUCCAAUUUCUUCUGUGUAAUGUUUUUGAAUUUAGAAAGAAAAGCUUUGUUCUUGUCUAUUCUAGGGAUGAAUGAGGAUUAAGUUUCCUGAUUAACAUGACACAUUACAUCACCUGAGAGGUUGUAUGUUAUAUUUUAGCCUUUGUUCUAUGGUUCUGCUAAUAGAAAAUGAUUCUCUAUAUUCAAUGCUAAUUUUGGUUUU